AUGUCACAUUUGCAACGUGUAUAUUACUUCCACAUAAGCGUUUACCCUCCUAAGAAAAACUUUCGAUCUUAAUCCCCAUCAAGAACCCUAGCCAGCUCCAAAAUCAAAUUCAAAGUUCCAAUCUUUAAUGGGUUUUCUUGGUGGGUUUCAAAGCUUGUGAUUUCUUGAUCAGAUUAGCACAACAUAUUGGCAUUGAGUGUAAAGAUUCAAGCAAUGGAGACCCGAGUCGGAUCCGGGUUUCGGGUCAUGAUUUUGAUUGUUGUUUGUGCAAUGGUCUGUGGGUGUUUGGUUGAUGCAGAGAUUCAAAGACCCAAGAAUGUGCAGGUUGCUCUGAGGGCUAAGUGGCCUGGUACAUCAGUUCUUCUAGAAGCUGGGGAGUUGCUCUCUAAAGAAUGGAAGGACCAUUUCUGGGAAUUCGUCGAGGUGUGGCUUAAUAACGAAAGCGGAAACACUGAUCCCUACACCGCUAAAGAUUGCUUACAGAAAAUAUAUAAUUACGGAAAAACGCUUGUGACUGGACAACUGACAUCCGUCUUUGAACUAUCUCUUACUCUACGUUCCGCAUCACCAAGAUUAGUGCUUUAUCAACAAUUAGCAGAAGAAUCUCUUUCUUCGUUUCCGUUAUCCGAUGACAUGCAUACUAAUUUUAAUGACGGAGGUGUAUCCGAUGCAAAUGAAGGCGAAGAAGCCAAAAAGGCUGAUUCUUUGCUUGUAGGUGUUAAUCCAAGAAGUCCAGGCGGGAAAUGUUGCUGGGUGGAUACCGGUGCCGCUUUGUUCUUUGAUGUUUCGGAGCUUCAGUUGUGGCUUCGUAAUCCUCAUAAGGAUGGAGAUGUAUUUCAGCAGCCUGAACUUUUCGAGUUUGAUCAUGUCUACUUUGACUCAUCUCCCGGGAGUCCAAUCGCUAUUUUAUAUGGAGCUCUUGGGACGGAAUGCUUUAAAGAAUUUCAUAGGACCUUGGUGGAAGCAUCCAAAGAGGGGAAAGUUAAGUAUGUUGUAAGGCCCGUGUUGCCUUCAGGCUGUGAAUCAAAAAGCGGUUAUUGUGGAGCGGUAGGUACGAGAGACCCCGUGAAUUUGGGUGGUUACGGUGUAGAACUUGCUUUAAAGAAUAUGGAAUAUAAGGCCAUGGAUGACAGCGAAAUAAAGAAAGGUGUCACUCUAGAAGAUCCCCACACUGAAGAUCUUAGUCAAGAAGUUAGAGGGUUCAUCUUCUCGAAAAUUUUGGAAAGGAAACCCGAACUGACCUCUGAAAUAAUGGCUUUCAGGGAUUCUCUCUUGUCGUCAACCGUAUCUGACACACUUAACGUGUGGGAAUUGAAAGAUCUAGGACAUCAAACCGUACAAAAGAUUGUUCACGCAUCGGACCCUCUUCACUCAAUGCAAGAAAUUAAUCAAAAUUUCCCUAGUGUUGUCUCUUACUUAUCGCGUAUGAAGCUUGAUGACUCAAUCAAAGAUGAAAUACUUGCAAAUCAGCGAAUGAUCCCACCUGGCAAGUCCUUAAUGGCUCUGAAUGGUGCUUUAAUUGAUAUCGAAGAUAUCGACCUUUUUCUGUUGAUCGACAUGGUCCAUCAAGAAUUAUCGUUAGCUGAUCAAUAUGCAAAACUAAAGGUUCCUUCAAGCACGAUUCGGAAGCUUUUGUCAACUCUACCUCCUCCCGAAUCCAAUUCAUUUCGUGUUGACUUCCGUUCCGACCAUGUUCAGUAUAUCAAUAACUUAGAGGUGGAUGCCAGGUACAAGCAAUGGCGGAGUAACCUAAAUGAGCUUCUAAUGCCCGUGUUCCCCGGACAAUUACGCUACAUUCGUAAGAACCUGUUUCACGCCGUCUAUGUGUUGGAUCCUGCCACUAUUUGUGGACUUGAGACUGUUGACAAUAUUGUAACUUUGUUUGAGAAUAGCCUCCCAAUAAGGUUUGGAGUGAUAUUGUAUUCUACAAAAAUGAUCGAGACACUUCAGGCAAAUGGUGGCGAAUUCCCACAUCUUGAAAGCGAAAUUAACGAAGAUCUCUCAAGCUUGACUAUUCGCCUUUUCUUUCAUAUCAAAGAAAGUCAUGGGAUGCUGAAAGCUUUUGAAUUUCUCAGCAAUGUGAACAAACUACGGAUGGAUUCAGGGGAAGAAGAUGCACCAGCGCUGCACCAUGUGGAGGGAGCAUUUGUAGAAACACUAUUGCAAAAGGCAAAAACUCCACCUCAAGAUACAUUACUAAAGCUUGAAAAGGAUCAAUCUUUCCGUGAAUCAUCUCAAGCGAGUUCCUUGUUUGUUUUCAAGCUUGGAUUGGCAAAACUGGAAUGCUCCCUCUUGAUGAACGGUCUUGUUCACAAUUACGACGAGGAGGCUCUAAUGAAUGCAAUGAAUGAUGAGCUGCCAAGAAUCCAGGAACACGUUUACUACGGACAGAUAAAUUCUCGCACCGAUGUCCUCGACAAAUUUUUAUCUGAAAGCGGUAUUCAGCGUUAUAACCCACAGAUUGUUGGAGAUAAGGCGAAGUCUAAAUUUGUUUCUUUGACCGCAUCAAUCGUUGGAGAUGAAUCACUGCUAAAUAACGUUGAAUAUUUUCACUCUACCGGAACUAUUGAUGACUUGAAGCCGGUGACUCAUCUUCUUGCUGUUGAUGUCACAUCAAGAAAAGGAGUUAAGUUACUCCACGAGGGAAUACGUUAUCUGAUGGUAGGUUCCGCAAAUGCUCGAGUGGGUCUUUUAUUCAACUCGGAUUUCGAUGCUGAUUCAUAUAGUUUCAUCUUUAUGAAAGCUUUUGAAAUCGCAGCCUCCUCAUAUAGUCAUAAGAAACAAGUAUUAAACUUUCUGGACCAACUAUGCACAUUUUACGGGAAUGAGUACAUACUCGAGUCUUCUCAAAAUAGUCAAGCUCUUCUGGAUAAGAUUUCUCAACUUGCUGAUGCAAAUGGAAUACAAUCCAAAGGAUUUAUGUCCGCUCUUUCGGAAUUUUCUGUUGCCAAAUUUACAUCUCAUAUGAAGAAGGUGGGUCAGUUUUUAUAUGGACAAGUGGGGAUUGAAAAAGGCACUAAUGCAGUCGUUACCAAUGGACGGGUGGUUCCAGUCCCUGAUUCUGUAACAUUUUUAAGCCAAGAUUUGCAUCUUCUUGAAUCUGUGGAAUUUAAGCAACGAAUAAAGCAUGUUGCUGACAUUAUCGAAGAGGUGACGUGGGAGAAUGUGGACCCCGACACACUUAUGAGCAAAUUCAUGAGUGAUAUACUAAUGUCUGUCACAUCUUCACUUUCUACACGAGACCGAAGUUCUGAAAGUGCUCGUUUUGAGAUGUUGAGCGCAGAACACAGUGCUGUUGUUCUCGGUAGUGAAAAUUCCACAAUUCAUAUAGAUGCUGUUCUUGAUCCUUUGAGCUCUUCUGGUCAAAAAUUAUCUUCACUUCUUCGGAUACUGUCGAAAUGCAGCCAGCCAAGCAUGCGGCUCGUGUUUAACCCGAUGAGUUCCCUUGUUGAUCUCCCGCUGAAGAAUUACUACCGAUUUGUAACUCCAACAAUGGAUGAUUUCAGUAACACUGAUUUAACCGUACAUGGCCCUAAAGCAUUUUUCGCAAAUAUGCCACUAUCAAAAACGCUAACCAUGAAUCUUGAUGUUCCUGAAUCUUGGCUUGUUGAACCUGUCAUUGCAGUUCAUGAUCUUGACAAUAUAUUACUUGAGAACCUUGGUGACACAAGGACACUACAGGCAGUUUUUGAACUUGAAGCUCUCAUUCUUACUGGCCAUUGCUCAGAGAAGGAUCACGAACCCCCGCGAGGCCUUCAAAUGAUACUCGGAACCAAACGGAACCCCCAUUUGGUCGACACACUCGUGAUGGCCAAUUUGGGUUAUUGGCAAAUGAAGGUGUCACCCGGUGUUUGGUACCUACAACUUGCACCGGGUCGAAGUUCCGAUCUCUACGUUUUGCAAGACGGGCCCGAAAAACACUCAAUGAAGCGCAUCACCAUAGACUACUUGCGUGGAAAACCAGUUCAUCUUGGAGUUGCCAAGAAAAAGGGAAAAGAACAUGAAAAACUUUUGAUUCCUUCCGAUGACGACGAUUCUUCUAGGAAACAAGGUGAUAAGGAGGGUUGGAAUUCUAAUAUUUUGAAGUGGGCGUCUUCUCUUAUUGGCGGUAAUGGGCACACGAAGAACAGUGGAAGCACCAAAUUGCAGGAUAAUGUAAGCAAUGGGCGAAAGGGUAAAACGAUAAAUAUAUUCUCUAUUGCUUCUGGACAUUUGUAUGAACGGUUUCUGAAAAUCAUGAUUUUAAGUGUUCUGAAAAACACACAACGUCCAGUGAAGUUCUGGUUUAUAAAGAACUACCUUUCACCGCAAUUUAAGGAUGUGAUUCCACAUAUGGCGCAAGAAUACGGUUUCGAGUAUGAAUUGGUUACAUAUAAAUGGCCUAGUUGGUUGCAUAAACAGAAAGAAAAACAACGAAUUAUCUGGGCUUAUAAAAUUCUAUUUCUUGAUGUCAUUUUCCCUCUUUCUCUUGAGAAGGUUAUAUUUGUCGACGCGGAUCAGAUUGUUAGGGCUGACAUGGGAGAACUCUAUGACAUGAAUUUGAAAGGAAGACCUCUUGCUUAUACCCCUUUUUGUGAUAACAAUCGGGAUAUGGACGGUUUUCGGUUUUGGAAACAAGGUUUUUGGAAGGAACAUUUACGAGGACGACCUUAUCAUAUUAGUGCAUUGUACGUUGUUGAUUUGAUCAAGUUUCGGGAAACUGCGGCUGGAGACAAUUUGAGGGUGUUUUAUGAAACACUUAGCAAAGAUCCAAAUAGUCUUUCUAACCUCGACCAGGAUCUGCCGAACUACGCCCAGCACACAGUACCCAUCUUUUCACUACCACAAGAAUGGCUAUGGUGCGAAUCUUGGUGUGGCAACUCUACAAAAGCCCGAGCUAAAACCAUCGAUCUUUGCAACAAUCCAAUGACUAAAGAGCCCAAACUUCAGGGUGCCCGAAGGAUUGUAGCAGAGUGGCCAGAUCUUGACCAGGAAGCAAGACAUUUCACCUCAAAGAUAUUAGGUGAAGAUGCGAGCCCAGUAGAAAAGGUGGUUAGCCCUCCGGUUCAACCGCAAGUAGUCGAAGAAGACCUAGAAACAAAAGACGAGUUGUGAAGAAUCAUUUGUCAACAAGGGCCGCAUUGUGGAUUAUAAAAACUUUAGUGGUCUGCGCGUUCUAUAUCCCGGCAUUAAGAUUAGAAUGUUGUUCCUAAAAUUAGGAAGAUGAUAUCACACAAAGAUUCAAACUUUAAACUAACUAAAUUUUGAACAGUUUUGGUGACAUAUUUGGCAUUGGAGUAAAUUCACACAUGUAGAAUUGAAUAUGUGUCAUGGUUUAUUAUAGAAGAAGACAGUUUUAAUAUGGUUG